AUGGGACUAUUUGAUGCUCUUAGAGAUUUUAGUUUAUUAACGUGGCUAAGAGACGAAAGACAGUCUCGGAGGCUGAUUCUGUUGAUCGUUUUCAUUGCUUUGCUGCUGGACAACAUGCUGUUGACGGUGGUCGUGCCUAUUAUUCCAAGCUACCUGUACUCAGUGGAUGAUGAGGCUGCUCAGUCGGUCCGGAAUCAGUCCAUGUCUCCUCUGUCCCCAUCUGGCACCUUUCAAACCAUCGUGUCUCUGUAUGAUAACACAACCCGCCUGACCGGCUUCAGCCCACAGAUGAGCACGGCUAGCCCAAUGACUCCAGCCCCUACUUCUGUGAUGCCCUCUCAAAAUAAGUCUGAAUGCCCCAAAGCAGAUGAUCAGCUUCUGAAUGAGAAUGUGAAAGUGGGUCUGUUGUUUGCCUCUAAAGCAACAGUACAGCUAAUUACUAACCCCUUUAUAGGGCCCCUAACCAACAGAAUAGGAUACCAAAUCCCAAUGUUUGCUGGUUUCUGCAUCAUGUUUGUGUCAACCAUAAUGUUUGCGUUUUCAUCGAGCUAUACGUUGCUGUUUUUGGCCAGAUCUCUACAAGGUGUUGGCUCCUCUUGUUCUUCUGUGGCAGGUAUGGGGAUGCUGGCAAGUGUUUACACAGAUGAUGAGGAAAGAGGAAAUGCUAUAGGAAUUGCCCUGGGAGGACUAGCCAUGGGAGUUCUGGUUGGCCCUCCGUUUGGAAGUGUCAUGUAUGAGUUUGUUGGUAAGACGGCUCCUUUCCUUAUCCUGGCAGUGCUGGCGGUGCUUGAUGGAGCUCUGCAGCUAUUUGUGCUUCAGCCUUCUAAAGUUGAUCCAGAGAGCCAAAAAGGAACAUCAAUUAUUACCCUCAUGAAGGAUCCAUACAUCCUCAUCGCAGCAGGUUCCAUUUGUUUUGCUAACAUGGCCAUUGCUAUGCUGGAGCCAGCUCUGCCCAUCUGGAUGAUGGAGACAAUGUGUCCCAGGAAAUGGCAGCUAGGGGUUGCGUUCCUGCCAGCCAGCAUCUCAUAUCUAAUAGGGACCAACAUCUUUGCUGUUUUGGCUCACAAAAUGGGAAGAUGGCUGUGCUCACUUAUAGGGAUGCUUCUGGUUGGAAUCAGCAUUCUCUGUGUGCCUCUUGCAAAAGACAUAUACGGACUCAUUGUUCCAAACUUUGGAGUUGGAUUUGCCAUAGGUAUGGUGGACUCCUCUAUGAUGCCUAUCAUGGGUUACCUGGUAGAUCUGAGGCAUGUAUCUGUGUACGGUAGUGUGUAUGCCAUUGCUGAUGUUGCCUUCUGCAUGGGCUUUGCAAUAGGUCCAUCAGCAGGCGGGGCGAUUGCACGGAGCAUCGGCUUUCCCUGGCUCAUGACCAUCAUUGGUGUAAUAGACAUCCUGUUUGCUCCUCUCUGUUUCCUUCUGCGAAAUCCUCCUGCCAACGAGGAAAAGAUGGCCAUUUUGAUGGACUCUAACUGUUCAAUGAAGACCCGUUCCUACUCCACCCAGGGCUCCAGCUACCAAAUGGGUGAGGAUUUUGAUCCAGAGAGCCCUGAAUAGGCCUCAUCCAAGCCCUCGGCCAUGUAUGUCACCCAGAGUAUCUAUUUUGUUGUAUGAAAGAGGAAAACCACAAUGCUAACUUGUGAGAAUGUCCCUUAUCUGUCCCGCACUGUCCUGUGGUCGUGAUGGUCAUGUUCUUCUGAAGCAAACCAAAGUUGUUCUUGUUGCCAUUUGUUCUCAAUGUGGGAGAGGUGAAAUAUCUAACCAACAGCCUUAUCAAUAUGGAUAACACUUGUGUGUGAUUUAAAAUGUAGGAUUUGAGAGAGGAUAAAAGAUAAACCCUUAACUACAAUUUUAUUCAGCAUGACACUAUUCAUAUUUUCUCUUUCAAAAGUCAGACAGGUUAGUUGAAAAGAUUCAUUCAGUGUGACGUAACGGACAGAUAUGUAUUGGAUAUUUAUUGUUUGUCUGUGGUGGUAGGAAAGUAUGGUCUUCAUAUAUGUAUCUAUCAGUCCUGUUGAAGUCUUUGCAUAGGCGUAAACGUCAGUGAAGGUGGAAUCGAGUCAGUUAAAUGGAUUAUAUCACACCUUGAAAUGGGCCUUAAAAUGUUGCUAUUGGUAUCAUAAUCAGUUCAAACUGCUGAACAGCUGAAGAACAUUUUAGGCAAAUUAAAACUUUAAUUUUUACAUUUGGGAUCGAUUUCUUUAAAUCUGGUACAUUAAUUGAUUCCAUUGCUGUUGUUUUAAUUUAGGCUUUUGAGAGUAGAUUUUAAUGUUACCUUGCAUUGGAGUGUAGGUCCCAAGCUUUUCAAAAUAUGUUUUUUUUUUUUUUUUUUGCUUUUUGAAAAAGCAAAAGGUCUGACAGCAUCAGGUAAUCAAGCAGAAUGUCAACAAGUCCUCCUGUCACGUUCUGUUUGUGUGACUUGCGUGAUGUUGCUAAAAAUUAUGUACUGUAUUAUCAAAGAUGAGCCACAGCUACAUUUUGAAUUGUUUCAGUUUAGUUAAAUAAAAGUAAAUUAUUGCUGUAUGCAUCCAGAUACUUUAGAAUUAUAUUUUGCUUUUAAAAUGUAUAUAGUAUAUAUAUAUAUAUAUUUAUAUAUUUUAGUAAGUCUUUUGAAUGUGCUGAAAUGCUAUUCUGUUCAUUUGUAAAGAAUGCCUCAAUACUGCUCUUUCCCAUAUUUGAUUUUCCUUUUGUGUUAUUAAUCUUUUUAAGAACUGAAUUGGCUGUUAAAUUAAACAUGGCCUUACAUUAAGCUCCUUAAAGCCAUAUAUAUAAAAUAUACUGGGGUUUUAUGAAGAAUAUAAAUAUUUAUUGAGUUUAAUUAUUUGUCUGAGGCAAUGAGCUUAGUCAAUACAGGUGUCUGUGCAGGGUCAAUGGUCUUUUUUAUUUAUUAUUUAUUAUUAAAUUAAUACACAUUCUAUGCCUUAAAAUCAGACAACCUGCUGCAAACACUUUUUAGUGUACUUUAAUUCAGAAACAGUCUUAUUGUUUCAUGGACCCUAUUCGUCAUAUGCUAAUUGACAGCUUAAUCUAAUAUUAAAAACAUGUCUAAUUCCCAUCUUUUGUUUAUCAAUUAGAUAA